AUACAAACUCUUUCCCGUUAACAAUUCAUUCUAGAGUUUACAAACAACUGGCGGGCUUUGAUCCCUUUCAAAUCGUCUUCUUAAUCUGUAAUGUAAAGUCUAUAACGACAGGAUACACAUCUAGUUUCAUAGUCUGAUGAUGGUCAUAACUCCUAGGCUGAGCUAGCUAGUCUGAAUAUGUUUCUGCAGUGUGUAAAGAACAUUCGGUUGGUGCAGCAGAUGAGAUCUGCUGUUUCUGGUGGCCAUAUCUGCAACGCCAAUGAGCCAGCCAUGCUGAAGCAAGGCCUGAGUUGUCCAAUCCUGGACGGCAGGUGUCUGCAGAGGCACUUCUGCAGCAUCCGCUCUCACAUGGUGGGCUUGGGAAGGGAGACCAGCAAAUCAAAAGCCAUAUCAAGAGGAUUACAAAGGUACCCCCCUCUCAGCUCUCACGCAUUAAGGUGCUCAGCUUACCAAACUUCAUCAGUACACCAGCAACGCUUCCAAGAUCAGAAAUCCAUUCCGACCAUAUUCAGUCGCUCACACAGUCAAUCAUUUCUUUCCAGUGCUCCUCCAUUUCCACGUUCUUCCAUCUUAUCUCCAUCAUCCUCGUAUCCUUCACCUGCAUCUUGUUUGAUUUCUACCACAACAUCAUCACCAUCAGGAGUGAGAGGGGUGCAAGAUGGUACCCCUAAGUACACCAUGAGCUAUCUUCAGGGGGGCCUGGACCCACCCCUCAUGGGGAAGACUCUGGGGCAAUGCAUGGAUGACAUGGCGGAGCAGAAACCAGACCACAGUGCUUUUGUCUUUGUCGAGGAAGGAGUUCGUUGGACUUUUAGCCAGUUCAGGGAGGAGGUUGAUCGUCUGUCAGCUGGUUUCUUGGCCAUUGGUCUGAAGAAAGGAGACAGGAUUGGUAUAUGGGCUUCUAAUACCUCCGAGUGGGUCCUGACCCAGUUUGCUGCUGCUAGGAUCGGGGCCAUUCUUGUCACCAUCAACCUCGCCUAUAGACCCAAUGAGCUAUAUUACACUUUACUUAAGGCUGGUGUGAAGGCGAUAGUCUCUGCUCAGAAUUUCAAGACCCAGGAUUACUAUGAGAUGCUUUCCACCGUGUGUCCAGAACUGGCAACCUCGUCCCCAGGCAGACUUCGUAGCGAAAAAUUACCCAUGUUAGAGUCUGUCAUCAUGCUCGGAAAAGGGGAUUUCCCAGGUGCCUAUAUGUUUGAUGAUGUCAUCGACAUGGGAACCAGCGAGCACAAGAUCAUGGUGGAAGAUUGUGCUAAGACAGUGCAGUUUGAUGAUCCAAUCGCCAUUCUCUUUACCUCUGGUACCACAGGAAAUCCCAAAGGAGCGACGAUGACCCACCACAGACUUGUCAACAAUGGCUACCACAUUGGAUGUAGAGUUGGUUUUCAAGAGAACGACCAUGUCAUGUGCCUGCCAAUACCCCUCUAUCACAUCUUUGCAUCAGUCGGAGGUCCAUUGGUUGGUAUAACUCAUGGAGCGACCAACGUCUAUCCCACAGCCGGUUAUGAACCAGUCGCUACCCUCAAAGCCAUUCAGGAUGAAAGAUGUACAAUCCUUUAUGGGACCCCUACCAUGUUCAUUGACAUGAUGAACCAGCCGGUGUUCAAAGAAAUGGAUGUGAGCAGUCUCUACUCUAGCAUCAUAGGGGGAGCCCCUGUCUCACCGGAACUAGUGAGACAGAUGACAAAGGGCAUGGGUUUCAAAUACAUUGCUGUUGGUUAUGGAAUGACAGAAAGUGGACCGAUGAUUGGUGUCAUUAAUGAGGAUGAUCCAGAAGAAAAGAAAUUAAACACAGUUGGAAAACUCUGCCAACAUAUGGAGGCCAAAGUGAUAGACCCAGAAACCAGUCAGGUUGUCCCUGUCGGUGUUCCAGGGGAGCUCUGCGUUCGUGGUUACUGCAAUAUGAUUGGCUACUGGGAGAACGAGGAGGCGACGAAGGCCACUAUCGAUGCUACUAAUUGGCUCCACACGGGAGACUUGGCCACUCUGGACGAAGACGGGUACAUCCGAAUCGUUGGUCGUAUCAAGGAGCUCAUCAUUGCCGGAGGAAGAAAUAUCUACCCAGUUGAGAUUGAGAAAUUCAUCCACACGCACCCCAAAGUAGAGGAUGUACAUGUGAUUGGAAUACCCGAUGAUAGACUAGGUGAGAAGGUUGUGGCCUGCAUCCGAGGGAAGGCCGAAGAGGAACUCACACAAGAAGAUAUCAUUGAUUACUGCAAAGGGGAGAUUUCUCACUACAAGAUACCCAGUCAUGUAGUCUUCAUGGAUGUUUUUCCGAUGACGGUCAGCGGUAAGGUACAGAAGUUCAAGCUCCAGGAAAUAGUCAUUGAACAACUGAAAUGAAGCAAUACCUUCUACCAGGAGCCUGUAACACAAAGCUUAGCAAUGAUUGCAGAACAGUUUUCUAUGAUUGAUUCCAUUGGAUAUACAUGUUACGUACAAUCAAUCGUAAAAAUUGAUUGUUAACGUUUGUGUUACGGCACCCAGAAAAUUAUUGAGGAAUGUCAAAUCUCUGCAACUACUCUUGCACCAUGCAAAGUAAUAAUAUAAUUUUGAAAUAAGAAUGCGGAGUAGAAGUUGAAGAAGAUAUGGGUGAAUAGCGAGUAAUUUUUUGGAGAACAGAAAAAAAACAAUUAUUUUACCUUUCCAUGUAUACUGAAGUACAUGUAUUUACUUGGACUUAUUCUCCUUUGCAACUGGUAUGCAUUCUAUGUUUUCUCACCUUGUGGUUUUCAGAAGAAGUUCUUCCUGGUAAAAAAUGUUUCUCUUAUAAAAGUAGAAAACAAAGGAGAUUUUGAUAAAAUCCCUCAAAAUCAAAAGUCAUGGAUUUUAACAGAGUAUUGACUUUGGAUUGAGCAGCUCCCCAUAUGUCAUAUGAUCGGCAUUCCAUUAAAUGCCAUUUUCUUUAAGAAAAUAAAAAUGUCUUAAUAUGUGUAAUAUAUCAUCAGACACACCACAUUUACUUGCUUUGGUGAGAAAAUUAUUUUUCAAUCAUCUUGAACCAUUACAAAAUUAGUAAUUUAGUGAAUGAUUGUUACACAACAUUUGGGGUUGCUGCUUGCAUAUCACCUUCAAUGUCUCAGAAUCACAAAUUUAAGUAGUAGUAGACUCCUUGUGAAAACGAUUUUCAAGCCAUUUUUUCUAAUAAAGUCUGAGCAAAAUGUAAGUUAUCUAAAUUUUUGGACAUAAUUUGGGUAGAGUAGAGUGAGAUAUAUUGAAAUAUGAUUUAAUAGUUUGAACUUUGUUUCAUCAAUACAAUGCAGCCCCUCCAAUUUAUUCUGUGAGAUAUGAUAACAUAAUCUGUAUUUUUGAAAACUUAUUACUUUUGUGUAGUUUUGAUGGUUUCCUACAUUAUAAUUUGUAAGUGUAAAUAUGAAAUCAAGUGCUUUUGUAAAUAAAUUAAUCACUACCAUGUUU